GUUAGUGUGGUAAUGUGAUUAUGUGUAUUCUUUUGCAUAUAUUUGGUUCAUAUUCGAAUCUAAUACUUUACAUCUAUUUUUUCAGUUUAAUUUUAACGAGCCGAACACAACACACUGUUCACGAGUUGGUUUCGAAUACGAACUGAUUUCAAACACGAACAAGUUCAAACGAGCCGAACACGGGCCAAGCCUGAACUCGCUCAAGCUCUGCUUGUUUAUAGCCCUAUAUAUAAGUGCGUAUUUAUUUAUUUAUUUAUAAGUUAAUAAUAUUGAUAUUAUCGAUAUAGCAAUAAAGAAUUCAGUAUUACGUAAAUAUAAAAUUUAUGUGAAAAAUGAACGAGAGAUGGGGGCUCAUUCGUAAAUAGCAAGGUUUUGGGUGGUUUGUAUGUAACGAAAUAUGUAACCGCCACUUUUUUCAAUCGAUGGGGAUAUGGAGCGUGGUUCAGCAACGAAGGACAGCAAAGCGUAUAAUACGGAAGCUCGCACCCAUCGUGUAUAAAGAGCUCGCGGUCCAGCCGUUCCCAGUUCCCAUGGCAUUUGGCGGGCAAAUCCAGUAGCCAUUUCAAAAUAAGAGGGAGAAGCCAUUGAAGGAGCUCGGAAAGGGUUAGGGUUUCGUCCUAUGGAAAUGGAUGAGGAUGGCGUUCUGGCUAAGGCAUCUAUGCCCGGUAAGCGUCCUGGUCGACCUAAGAAGAACAAGAUUAAGAACAAGGAUCCUGACUUUAGGCUGCGGGGAGCGGCUGCGAUGACUUUCGAUGAUGGCGAGGCCAUGAAGGUAUUCAAUCUGCGGAAGAGGGCAUCUGCGAAGCCAACUUACUUGGAAAUAUCAAGCGGAGAGAUGGCUAAGGAGGUGAGAAAACCUGUGCUGAAGCCAUCGGGGAAGACAAAUCGGAGGAGGAAACGGAGGAAUGAGAGAGAGGCCGUAAGGAGCGAGGAAAAUGGAUCAUUAGGAUUGAAGGGCAUAAAUGGUGGUGUUGAAGAAGAGAGAGAGGGGAUUGCCGAGGGGGUUAAGAAACGGAAGAGAAAUUAUUUAAAGAAUGAGAAGAAUGUGGCCGCCCAGAAGAAGAACAUGCUGACGGUUCAAGAUGCCAUGGGACAUUCCUUAACAAAUGAGGAGAAAGGGGUGGUUCGUAAGAGGAAGAUGCUGAAAGGUGAUGAUGCACUGAUGUGCCAUCAAUGCCAAAGGAAUGACAAGGGAGGUAUAGUGCGAUGUCAAGCUUGCAAAAAGAAGCGGUAUUGUUACCCUUGCAGGAAGAGAUGGUAUCCCCACUUAAAAGCGAAGGACUUUGCUAUAAAAUGCCCUUUUUGUCGGUUCAACUGCAAUUGCAAGUUGUGCUUACGCAUGAUAGGAAUCACUGCGCCCGCAAAAAGGACCAUUCAGGAGGAUGAAAAAAUACAGCACUUUUUGUAUGCACUGCAUAUGCUACUUCCAUGGUUCAGAGAAUUCCGCAAGGAGCAAGAUGCUGAAAAAGAAAUUGAAGCAUUGUCAAAAGGCCUUGCACCGAGUGAGAUUAAGAUAGAAAGAGUUCCUUAUGAGAAAGAUGAGCGUGUAUACUGCAAUUACUGCAGCACGUCAUUAGCAGAUUUGCAUAGAGGCUGCCCUAGUUGCUUUUAUGACCUAUGCUUAUCUUGUUGCCGAGAUCUUCGUGGGGGCUACCUAUAUGGCCAACAAGUGAAGCAAGGUAGUUUAAGUGCUGACUUUGUUGAAAAUCAUCUAAGUGAACCGUUGCAAUGGAAAUUGAAUGCGGAUGGUAGUAUUCCCUGUGCCCCAAAGGAAAUGGGUGGUUGUGGUGGUGCUGUAUUGCAUCUCAAGUGCAUGUUUCCAGAAGAUUUAUUGUCUGAGUUGGAAUUGAAGGCUUACAGAAUUCUUGAAUACCAAACCUUCGGACAUGGAAGCCGUCCCCAUGAACUUAUUAAUUGCUCUUGUUCUUAUGCAUUAAGAAAUGUUGAUUUUGGUAUGAAUACAUUGAGAAAAGCUGCUUCUAGGGAAGGUUCUGAUAAUUAUUUGUACUGUCCAAGUGCAAACGAUAUUAAGAAUGAUGAAUUGGAACACUUCCAAGGGCAUUGGGCUAAAGGGGAGCCUGUUGUUGUUCGCAAUGUUCUUGAUUUAACUUCUGGAUUGAGCUGGGAGCCGAUGGUUAUGUGGCGUGCUUUGCGGGAGAAGAACAGGAAGAAGGCUAGUUCUGAGAAUUUUGAAGUAAAAGCAAUUGAUUGUUUGGACUUUUGUGAGGUUGAAAUUAAUAUUAGUCAGUUUUUUAGAGGGUAUUUGGAUGGUCGAUUUCAUAAGGAUGGUUGGCCUGAAAUGCUUAAGCUUAAAGAUUGGCCUCCAUCUAGUUCCUUUGAGGAACGCUUACCACGUCAUGGUGUUGAAUUUCUUUCUGCUUUACCUUUUGGAGAAUAUGCAAAUCUUCGAGAUGGUCUCCUUAAUGUUGCAGCGAUGUUGCCUGAAGGUGUUUUGAGGCCAGACCUUGGACCAAAGACGUAUAUCGCUUAUGGAUUUGAGGAGGAAUUGUGCAGAGGGGAUUCUGUUACUAAACUUCAUUGUGACAUGUCUGAUGCGGUGAAUCUACUGACACACACUGCAGAAGUUCCCUUUUCAAAGAAGGUGUUUUCCAAAAUUGAGAAAAUAAGAAAGAAAAGAAUAUCUGCGCUAAAGAUGUGCUCAGAAGAAAAAAUAGUUCGGCAAAGCACAUCUGAAAGUGAUGAUGUCCAAAUGUUGAAUAUAGAAGGGACAACUAGUAAACAUGACUGUUUAGCUGAUACGGUUGAUUGCAAAAUAGGCUGCCAUAAGAAAACAGAUAGAUACAUGCAAGAGAGAGAAUGUGAUAUUGAAGUCAAGCCUGAUCUUGACACCAUGAAAUCAGAUACAACUUUAGAAGAAGCUGAAAAAGACGAGCGGAAAAUGGUUCACAAGAAUGUUAUCUCUUAUUUUCGAAGGAAUGUCAGAACCUCAGGUUAUUCUAAAGAGCUAUGUUCUGGAUAUGUUGAGCCUUCUUCCUCUGUAACCUCAGUUGAAUCUGAGUUUGUGAAACCUGGGACAAAGAAAACAGAGGAAGAACUUGAUAUUCAAGGAUUUGAGCAUUUUUCUGCCUUUGGGAAAACGAGCAGGCUAAAUGAAGAUAAGAUAAUCGAUUAUAAAAAAUCUGAUGCUAACAUAAAUGUUAAAGCUGAGAAGCUACAAGUGCAGCAACAGCACAAUAUGUCAAAUGGUAGUGUUAAGGAAAGAAAUCAAGAUGGUGGCGCCCUGUGGGAUAUUUUUCGAAGAGAAGAUGUUUCGAAAUUAGAAGAAUAUCUCAGAAAACAUUAUAGGGAAUUUAGACAUUUCAACGACUGCCCUAUUGAGACGGUCUAUCAUCCUAUAUAUGACCAAACUUUCUAUCUAACAAUGGAACACAAGAAAAAACUUAAGGAAGAAUAUGGAAUUGAGCCCUGGACUUUUGUUCAGAAGCUUGGAGAGGCUGUAUUCAUCCCAGCUGGUUGCCCACAUCAGGUUAGAAAUCUUAAGUCAUGCAUAAAGGUUGCACUGGACUUUGUAUCUCCUGAAAAUGUUCGUGAAUGCGUCAAGCUGACAGAAGAAUUUCGCCUACUUCCCCGGUUCCACAGAGCCAACGAGGAUAAGCUAGAGGUGAAGAAACUGGCUCUACAUGCUCUUCUUCAAAUUGUGAAUUAUUUAGAAGGCAAAUUCUUUCCACAUAAACACUUAUUUUGCAGAGAGAACAAAACUGGGGCAUGAAAUCACAAACCUGGACUGAUAUGCUUUCUCAGAAGACUUUCAACUUGCUUUUGCCUUCUGGUUAAAUCGAUGGGAAAGGUGAGUAUUCUAUUUUGUUUUUGGUCUUUCUAUUUGGAAUGCUCAGUUUUGAUGCCGAUUCAGAAAGAAUUGAAUGUUCAUAACUGCUGUUUCUGCUUUUGUAUAUUUUGUUUAGGCUCAUUUUGCUUUACAAAGCCGUUGCUAGUUAAAAAGCUAAGUUUGUGAUAUUUGCAUACCAUAAGCCUUCAAAUCUAACAAACGAAUUGAAGGGUUACAUUGCGAUUGAUGAUUGUUGGUGGUGGUGAUUGUUUGUUGAUAGUGGGGGCGAGUUGUUGGCGAGCAAUGAUAGAGGUGUAAAUGA